UCAGAGAGAAGGGUGAAAAAUCUAAUCCCAGAGAAAGUAUUCUGAACAUUCCAGCCUGCUAAGAGUGAAAAGGAUAUUUAGAAGAAGAAAUUGAACUGUACAAAUAAUCCUAUAGUUCAAUGGAUGCAGAAGAAACCUUUGAAAGGGAACAACUAUAAGCUACACUUCUUUAAAAUCAGACCCACAAAGGAAUACGGCCAAUGAAAAUAGUACGUGACAGCCAGUAAAGAAGAAACGAAAAAAAGAUAUUUGUAAAAAGCAUUCCCUUUUUUGGACUUUGUUAGAAGAAAAUGCCUACAUUGAGCUGGCAUGGAACUUCUGCUCUCCUUUUGGGUUUACUACUUCUCUUUAUCAGUAUCAUCUCUGCUAAAAACUGUGGUGGGAAUGAGUACCAGGCCAUUUCCGAACCCUCAUAUAACGCCAUCCCAUCAACAAACUUGGGAGGAAUUGAAGUUCUAAAUGAGAUGGUCCAUGUAUUUCUUGCAGUGGUGCAACCAAAGCCAUUUCCAGCAGACCUAGUCACAAAAGCUAUUAAAGAUGUAUCUGCCCUGAAUGAACCUGAAAACUACAAACAGGUGAUUAUCUACGAAGUUGGGUUCCUGGUAUGUGGCAUCAUUGGAAUAAUAUUUAUUGUACUGAUGCCCUUAAUAGGCCUUUUCUUCUGCUGCUGCCGCUGCUGUGGAAACUGUGGUGGAAAAAUGUACCAGAAACAGACCAAAUCAACAAACUGCAAAAGAAGAACACUCGCUUUUUUUCUUUUACUCAUCACCAUUAUCAUACUAGCUGGAAACAUCUGCACAUAUGUCAGUAAUGAAAAGGCAACCACAAGCGUCAAGAACAGUGCAACAUUACUCAAUCAGACUAUAGACAACCUAAACGCUUUCCUCAGCACAAUUCCACAGCAAAUCAAUGGUGUGAUAAACUCAAGUCAAAUCCCAGUGCAUAACGUUAGCACCAACGUUGGCAACCUUGGCUCUAUACUAGGAGGUGUACUACUCACACGUUUUGGACAGACCAUAUAUCCUGCCUUGAAUUCUGUAAUACAAAGGGUGCAAGAUAUAAAUGAUACAGCUACCAACCUGGCUAUAGCAAACCAGACCUCGUAUAACCUGCAUCACAUGCAAGACAUUUUGAAAAGAAAUCUCAGCAGCAUCCAGACUGCAAUCAACACCACCAUCAAUAAUCCUAACUGUACAAAUUGCAAAAGUGUACAAGUGGAUGUGGAUGGACUCGUCAUUGAUGCCAACUACCAAGAGGUCCCUGGUUUAAGCAACCUAACAGAAAAAGUGAAUAACAUUGCCAGUCGAAACUUGGGAGAUUUUGUGCAGCAGGGAAUUCAAGAGUUCAACAAAACACCUGAAAUGAUAACCUCCCAGACCAAAGACCUUGUUGAAGGAGUUCAGAAAGAAUUGGUCAGCAUUACUGGACAGAUUCAGAAUAUUACCUACCAGAUUCCCCUUACAAGUUCUAUGGAUAGCAUCAUCCGUGAACUGGAUAAUGCAAAAGAUACAGUGAACAAACACAUACCCACUGUGAUAGAGAUAAACUACUACAGGUGGAUAGCUGGUAUCGUACUCUGUUCUGUAAUACUUCUCAUCGUAGUGUGCAACUGUCUUGGGCUAGUGCUUGGGCCUGCAGGACUUCGGUCUAGUGUGGAUCCAGUUAAGCGUAGCUGUGCUUCCAAUUGUGGAGGUGAAUUCUUCAUGGUGGGAGUAGGAUUCAGCUUCAUCUUCUCCUGGUUAUUCAUGAUUCUUGUCCUGAUUAUGUUCCUUGUUGGUGGAAAUAGUUACACUCUUAUCUGUAAGCCAUGGCGCUCUCAAGAACUUUUUAAGUUUAUUGACUCAUCGGGUCUGCUGUCUAAGUUAGACUUACCAGGCAAGCUUGGCCUUAAGAAUACAACUCUGAAUAUAUCAAACAUUUACAGUGACUGCCAAAGAAAUGAUCCACUGUGGUCCACUCUAAAUCUUGGAUCAGCCAUUGAUCUUGACAGCAUGUUGAAUAUCAGUAAGUACAUGUCUGACAUCACAUCGCAGUUUGACAAUGCCAAUAUCAACAUUUCAAACAUCGUACUGCUGAAAGAUGAUGGCAAGAAAAUUCUGUCCGACUUUGUGAAUUCGGGAAUUGACCGACUCAAUCUGACCACUCUUUCACAACAGACCAUGAAAAACUUCACCAAAACUGAUCUACUGUUACUAGCUGAUAAACUACAAAGCCUGUCAAUCAAUCAGAGUAACCCUGAAAUACAGACUCGGUUAAAUGAAAGGAUGUCUGAUCUAAGAUCCCUGGACAAAUGGAUAAAGAACAACAUGGGUCCGGAUGUUCAACGUUUGAAAAACAGUACCAGUUACCUAGAAAACAAUCUGCCGAACAUGGGAAAAAGAUUCAAUGAAACAAUUCGUCAAGAAGAAGAUGCACAGAAUAUGCUGAAUAACAACAACCAAGGGAUCGUGAAAAAUAUAACUUUUUAUAUACUGAAUGAUUAA